UACAGGUGUGACAAAUAUUUUACACACAUUUACUCUACGUUUACUUAUAUUUAUACACAUUUAUAAUGCCUAAAAGCUCAUCAGCUGCCAAGUUAGACUUAGAAUAUUUACAUCUUCUCAACCAAAUAAAACCCUACAUCACAUGUAUAAUCAACACACAUUAUAUUGGUUUAAUUAAGAUGUGGUUGGAGCGUCUCGGCGAUGAACAGUUUCCCGACAAAGAGUUGCGCAACGAAUAUCUGCAACGCCUCUGGAAGGAAAUCGAAGAAGGUGUUCUUGAACAUCCUUUUACUGAGCCGCCCCCAGCUGGAGAUCUUCCUAGUUUAUCGGAGAGUAAUCACGUGGAUAAGGAAGUCCAGUAUUCUCCGCGUUGCACUAAGCGUCGGGUCAGCGCUAAAGGUGAAGGUGAUGCGCCAUUCUUUACUGGAACUGUAGCCGCAGAGAAUAAGACUCCGGAAGCUUAUGGCGACGAAAGUUCCUGGCAAGACAUGUCGGAACACAGUCCCCCGUCCUCAGAGGGUAAAGAAAAUUCGGAAAAGGUACAGACGAGGAUCAUCGAUCAAUUGCGACAAGAAAAUAACGAGCUGUUAAUAUUCUUUAACAAGCACAAUGAUCAGCAGGAAGUUAUUGAAGGCUUGAAUGAUAAAAUCGUUGAGCUACAGAAGCAACUUGCAAAUUCUAUGCUUCGCAACGUAGAACUGCAGAAAACUGUUAUGAUUAUUCAGGAGGAACGCGAUAAAUACAAAAAAGACACUGAAGAAUUUUUUCAAAAAGAAGUAACGCAAUUGAAAGAAAAACAUCAAGAUUCUCUAAAGGAACAGCAUACUAAAUUGGCACAAACUAUGCAAGGAAAAUAUAAUACGUUGGCUAAAAAAUACAACAGUCUAAGACAAUGGUACCAAAGUAAAGUGGCGGAUCAAGAGCGUUUGAUAAAAACGCGUUGUAGGAAGAAAUUAGAGCAAAUCAAAAAGAAACAAGCCGAAGAUGUUGCUCAAGUUGAACUGUGCGAGAGUGUUAUAGAAGAACUGAAACUUGAACAUGAAAAAGAAUUAGAAAGAAAAUUGGUGGAAGCGCAUAAAGAACACGAAAAGAAAUUCGACGCACAGAUGUUAGUCCACAAGAAUUUCUUUAAAGAUGAAAGAAUUAGACAUCAUAAUCAAUUAAGCGAGCAACGCAAGAAAUAUCAAAAAGAAAUAAAGACUCUACGCGAUGAAAAUAAGAAAAUUCAAGAUGAACAUUGUAAAAUUCUAGAAAACUUGGGAGAAAUUGCAAAACAGCUGCAAAUUUCGAAAGAAAGCUGUGUCAUAUUGCAAGAACAAAUUGACCAGCUCACAGCAGAUAAUGAAAGCCUAAGUAAUCGUGUAAAUAGCCAAAAUAAAUACAUAGAUGAACAAGAAACUCUCUAUCAGAAUAGAGAAAAGGAACUACGUAUUGAACAUGAGAAGAAAAUGAAUGAAGAGAAAUCCGCGCAUCAACAGCAGGUGCAAAGCAUGGAAUUUGAGUUUGAAAUGAAAAUAAAGAAACAAAAGAAGUUGUAUUUUAAAGGCGCGGAGGAACAACGCGUUGUGCAACAAAAACUAAUGGAAAAACUAAUGAUCAACUUCGAUGAACACCAUAAAGCGCUUGAAGUUCAAAACCAUGAAAAUAUCAAAACCGAGAUGCUACUUAAAGACGAAUGCAUUAGAUUGUGCACUGAAUUGCAAAAGGUACGCGCGGAUAAUAAACAGCCGUUGGCAAAGAUUGACAAGCUCGAGAAAGAAAUUAUUUGCUUACGGGAUAUUAUUGCUGAAAUGAAACAUGUUUACACUAAUGCGCAGGAUAUUUUCAUGGCCAGAUUGAAGAAAAUGCGAAAGUAUCACCAACGCCGCAACGCCAGUUACGAGUUAUUGUUGUCCUCACAAACAUUAACGCCGUCAAGAACAGAUAAAUAUGAUGAGCUUAUUGUAAAUCUUGAAGCAAAGUAUAAACGUAUUAUGGAAGAACAAGUGGAAAGUAUUAAUAAGCAGAGAGAAGAUGCAGCAAUGAAGAUUGCCGAACUGGAAAUGCGAUUAGGGCUUAAUUUAUUAAAUAAAAUUGAAAAAUAAGAUUAAUAUAGUUCAAUUUAAUAGA